AGUAAUGCACGGCGUCUGUCGCUAGAGUCCGCAACAGCUGGGUACGCCGCGACGCCGGACCAGAAUAGACGAUGGUGAGGCAACUGAGAGCAGGUGGGCGGUGGCCAGUCGUCCCGCCGCGACGCCCGCGAGCAGUGCCCCGACGCGUCACCCGUCCGGCUCGCGAGUGACCGAGUGUUUAGUGGUCCACAGUGGGUUGUGCCGAGUGUCAAAGUGUCAUAGGAUGUAGAAGUGGAGGGGGAAACCCCCUACAGCCACGCCAUGCUCAGUUGGUUUGGCGAGAGUGGUCUAACGGAACCCGACACCACAAGGGUUAAGGAGAUGACGGCUAUUAACUCGGGGUUACAUGAGGUGCCAGGCGUGCGGUUACCGUUACAGACCGGGUACGCGUCCGCCAGCCCGCACGCCGCUGUGUUCAUGUACAGCUCCUCGGGGGCAGAAGGGAGCGUCACCCUGCAGCUCCGGGAUGCCGACGAUCUGGACGACAAGUCCGGCCUAGCCUCGGUGCUGGCGCGGCUGCAGCAGGAGGACGCUACCCUCAGCAUCAGCUAUCAGGACACAGAGAUGCUGACGGAGGGCAGCAUCGACGUGUUGCUAGGCACCGGUCCUCUCCAUUCCAGUGGUAACGGGGCAAACUCAACAACAUUUGACCUGUUCGAGUCGGAGAGUGGACAAGACCUGACUCUCUCGCCCCAAACGUUCACCAGCUCCACCGAGGCCUUUCUCAAUGACAACUCCAACAGUUUGGGCGUGCCAGGGGCGGACACGGACACAGUGGGGAGUACGGAGGACGUAAAGGGCACGCCGGACUCAAGCAAACUGUCCGUCAAAAAAGCCCGGCCUAAAGCUUCAUCUCCCAACCGCCAAGGCCCUCAGCAGUGUCAGGAAAUUGACCGAGCACAGCCGGGAAAGGUGUGCGGGAAGGUGUUCGGGAACGCGUCUGCCUUAGCCAAGCACAAGUUGACGCACAGCGACGAGCGCAAGUACGUCUGCACAAUGUGUGGCAAAGCCUUCAAGCGUCAGGAUCACCUGAACGGGCACAUGUUAACGCAUCGGAACAAGAAGCCUUACGAGUGUAAAGCGGAGGGUUGCGGGAAGUCCUACUGCGAUGCUAGGUCACUCCGAAGACACACGGAGAAUCACCACAGCGGCAGCAGCGUGGCUUCUAGCAGCACUUCCCCCGCACCUGCCUCUCCACUGGCUGCUACCUGCAUACAGUACGCCCCACCACCUCCUGCGGCACCACCUCCUGCUGCCUCCGGGACAGCCAAGACCUCCUCCAGCCAGCUGCAGCGCCUCCUUGCCACCGAGCCGGCCUCCAGCGCAUCUGCCGCUACCUCUACCACCACCACUAAGUCGUCGAGUUCUGCUCAAUCUCCAAACAACGAUGGCUUGACGAAACAGCAACUGGAUCUCAUACACCAGAUAAUGCAGCAGACCCAGCAACAAGCAGCGGCACACAAACAGCAGAGCUCUGCCACUAGCAGCACGUCCAGCAACAGCAACUCUUCCACCUCCUCCAGCUCUUCCACCUCCGCCACUCCCACCUCCUCAACCGUGUCGUCCACAAAGACGAAAACAUGGACUGUACAGACAAGUGUUUGUACGACCGCAAGUAAAGCAGUCGGCCCGAGCAACAGUAUCACCUCUUCAGCCUCUUCUCCACAUGUGUCUUCCGCGUCCACUACGCCCGCUCUCGUUAGAGCAGACCCCAAGCCUGUCGAGUGCAACCUCUGCCACAGGAAGUUCAAGAAUGUGCCAGCACUCAACGGGCACAUGCGGCUGCAUGGUGGAUAUUUCAAAAAGGAGUCAAAACAUCAUCAUGUUACUGUAUCGGAUCCAAAACACCAGCAACUUACAUUAUCAGAACCUAAACAUCAUCAGAUAACAAUGGCGGAACCCAAACAUCGUCAGAUAACAAUCUCGCUUCCUCAGGAGACUAAACCGACAUUUAGCAGCUCAUCUGUGUCCGACAUAGAGAUGUUGGCUACUGAGGAUAUGUUGAACGAUGAUAUUGAGGAGGUUGUGGAGGAAACCGACGCGAAGAAAUGUGAGAAGAAGGAAUCUUCAGGACCACCCCUGCAGACAGCCAGUAUGAGCGUGAGGGCGCUGAUUGAAGAGAAGAUCAUCCAAAAACGGAUAACCACCGGUCUCGGGGCCCACACUCAGACUAGCCUCACUUACUCCAUUCCUGCAGUUCCAAGCAUGAACAAUGCGGCCGUAGACAAAAACUCCUCAAGAAGACACUCGGACUCAGAACACUUCCUUCCACCUAGGACUCCUCCCACCCAGGAGUCUGGGAACCCCUCUAACGCACCCGGGCAGGAGAAACACUCCAAGACUGCGGUGAAGAGAGCCAGUUCUGAUCCCGGCUCGCAGCAGAGUCACAGUCCCCAACUCCAGCUGAACUUCCAGAAUGAGCCACCAUACUCACUGGGCGUCUACAGUAAUGAUGAUGGUUCCAGUGGUUACUUCUCUCCAAGCCUCCAAGAGGACGUGUUCCAACAAGUCCAGUCCGUCCAGGACUCCAUGCUGCUGCAUGGUGUUGAUCCAGCACAACUCGCCGAGUCCAUUCAGGCGGCAGCACUGCAGGACAUAGCGUCUCUAGAAGAUUAUCAAGACUCUUCACAAGAUCAACAAUUCCAACAUCACCAGGACCUUCAGUCUGUGCUCAACUCCCCCUUACCAGUCAGCUUGGCCGACUUUGCUUACCAGUCAGGAUCUCAUAAGGACUACCAGUCCUCAGACUCCACUUACGCCCAGUCCCCCCUACCCUCACCCAGCUACACCUACCCCACGCCACCUGCCAGUCAGGAGGGCCAGUCCCCGUCAUUUGGACCUCUUCAGUCUGUGAUCUCUGGGCCCGCCUCUUCACCUCUCUCCGCAGCCUUCUAUACUUCUACCAUGUCUAGCUCUGCGGCUGUAGAGGCGGCACUGAAUGAAGUCCUUCCACUGGGUGCGAUCCAACAAGUUUAUCCCUCACCUCCUCCACAGUCACCUCUCUCCGCCACUCCUGUCCCUUCACCACUAUCUCUCCCAGCAUCUUCUUCAUCUCCAAUACCUCACCACACCUUGCAGUCACAGAUGAUGCCCAACUCAGACGAUCCACUCUUGUCAAGUAGUCCCAAGGACUUUGCAUCAAGAAAGAGAUUCGAUUUUCACACGUUCAAGCUACUGAACAAUGGAACAAUCGACCUGGGCUCAAGUGGGACGCAGGAUGUCACUGGGAUUGUUCUUGAUCGUAACGGAGAAUUGAAACUGUUCCAGACAUCGUGUAAUUUCCAACCAGUAAAAGGAACGAAUUUGCUGAAUGGAACAACCACUGUGUAUGUGAACACGAGGUCCAAAAUUGAACCUGACUGUGGAGGCAAGGUUAUGAAAACUGUGGUUACAGGAAAGGGUAUGCAAAAGACAAAUCUACAAAGGACAAACAGUGCGCGCUUAUUAGACCAUAUCAAGGAGGAAAUCAUGGAUGAUGAUGUGUUUUUAAGUCCAACAAGUAUACCUGCCAGUCCGGUAAGAAGUGGAUUGCCGAGAAAGAGGCCAAGGCUUGAGGUAUUGCAACCUCAUCAUCCAUACCAGUCCCGCCUGCGGACUUCGCGGAUACAUCACCCUGCGGCUCCUACACUUCCCUACACACCCCCACCCCUGCUACCACCCACUCGUCCUGGGCAGGGUCUAUACUGGCAGGCGGUUACUACCUGGCCCAGCUCCACUACACUUAAGGGUGAACUAUCAGUGUCAGAUGAGGGAGGGCAGGAGACAAGUGAGAAUGCACCAGAGUGUGAUAUCUCACCUCAUGUCAACAUCGGACCGCAGUACCAGUGCACGGUACCGCCACUGCGUGGGGAUCACUCUCGGGUGGACCGCGAGCCCACAUAUGACCACCUCUUAUGGGAUCCUGGCAUCAGCAGGCUCACCUCUGACAAUGAAGUGGAUAUGUACCUGGAGUUUGCAUGCUGUGCCGCUGUUCCGGGUGGUGGGCGUAACAAAGAGUAUGCACUGCACCUGCUGCACCUCUGCCAUGGCAACAUCCAUGAAGCGAUGCUGAAGCUGAUGCAGCCUACGCCUUCGCUGCCGAUAGGCCACCCUCUGCUGUCAUUUGCCUACACAGACAGUGACCGCUGGAGUGCUGAGGAGAUGGAUGCCUUCCAUCAGGGGCUCAAUAAGUAUGACAAGGACUUCACUUCCAUUGCACAGGAGGUUGGCUCAAAAACUGUGAAGCAAUGUGUUCAGUUCUACUAUUUGUGGAAAAAAAUUUGUCCAGAAGAUUAUAAAAGACUUAGACUGGGUAGACGGAGAAACAGAGAUUCAGAUUUUGAAUUUGAAUUCUCAAAAUCCGACAUUCCUGCCAACGAUGUAGAGCUUGUGUCCACCAGCUCUGACAGCCGUCUCUUCCUCUGCGAGUAUGCAGACUGUUCUGCUAGUUUCAACUCCCGUGCAGCCCUGAACGGCCACAUCCGUAUACAUGGCGGGGGCGUCUGCGGCCGCUCACCUACACCCGACAAGAGGCCUCCUGCUCACACGGGACUGGGCCACACAGAUCCCACCGAGGAGUUCCCUUGCAAAAUCUGUGGGAAGGUCUUCAACAAGGUAAAAAGCAGAAGUGCACACAUGAAGUCUCACCGACCUCCGGACGCAGAGCCUAAGAAGCCGAAGGUGGACUCUCAUUUGACAGACCAAACGACGGUGACUCGUACACUGGCGGUGUCGUCCUCACUUCAGCGCCACCCCUAGAGUCCAGUGCAACCGUUACGCCACCGCCACUGUACCUUCAGACCAAUACGGCAGCAAUAACGAUGAGCGGUGCGCCCCCAGUCGCACCCAACUGUCAAACUGUUUCUACUGACAAUUUUAAAGUGUAUUUUUGUAGGAGGAGAUGUUAUAUAAAAUUUAUGUACAAAAAAUAUAUAUUGGGAAACUGUUACCUCAUUUUAUCGUACAGUAUACAAUGAGAGAUGUUGUAAAUUACAGAUUGUAUCAUGACCCUUACGGCCUUGUACAGUGGUUAGCCUUUAAGCUUUGUGACCAACUGAGUCCAGCAAAAAUGAAUUGGGUUUUAAAUUAAUGGUACAUAGGUACUUCUUAUUUGCAGGAAGAUCGUUCAAAAUCGCAUUUAAUUGUCAUUUGAUAAAGUAAUUAAGUAUUAAAUUUAUGCCUUUUUAGAAAAAAUACUUGUUUUUCUUUGAAAACUUACUUUGUUUAUAUACAUUUUGAAGAUUUUCCUUCCAUUAACUAGAAUCCGUUCUCCAUGCAUAAUUAAGUAUGGACUCGUCACAUAUCAUAAUAGUGUGCCUGAAGACCAGACUAUAACCACUAUUAACAAAUUCAUUAUUUUAAAACUCUAACUUUAUUGAAAAGUGAUAAAUUUAUGCUUAAAUUUAAUGUUGUCUUUUGUUAAAGAUUUUUAUUAUUAGGAUUAUGUUUAUUUUAGGUACAAUAUUUAAAAACUGCGAGGAGUUAUUGACUAAUGUGUUAAAUGUGAAAUAAGCUUAAUUAUCAAGAACUUUACAUAAUUAAAAGAUUGGUUAAAGUAUAACUAUAAUAUAUGACUAAAGUUAUAAUAUAAAUUUGAAUUUUUCUUUAAUAAACAGCAGUGUUAAACUGCAUAAUGGCAUGAAACAAUUUUUUUGUGAUGUUCGUUAGACUUUUAGGAAUUGUAUCUGUCAAAUAUUUAAAGAGUAAGCAGGCUGUUCACUUGAGCAACAAACUGCUGCCUCGCAACGCAAUGCAACUCUAAUUUAUAAGUACUGCUGCUCUACGUAUUGGUUGAAGUUACGGUGAUGUUGUUAGACGCUAAAAGUGUUCUUGUGUAUUCCAAGUGAUAAAUCCAACUCCGAUAGUGGUUGUAUGUUAUUGCCUGUAAUUAUUCGUUUUUGAAUAUGUAGAUAUUGUGUUCGGUGGUAUUUUAUGUCUUUUGGUGUUUUAUGUUGCUUUGUUUAAGAAACACUAUGGCAACUUUGACAACUGUCUUCAUAUCUGGAUUCUUUCAAGAAAUGUGUUGAUUGUCUUUUUCAAUGAGGCUGUGUCUUCGUGGACUAUGUAACUUCUAAUUGUUUUUUUUUUUUUUUUUUUUAUUAUUUUGUUUUGUUGUGGGUGCUACUGCGAAGCAGAUCUUUGGUUUGAAACCAAAAGUAUUUGACAAGUUGUUAUUUUGUUACUUAGUUUGCUGUAAAUUUUAUUUCAGCAAAUCAUGCUUUUAGGUUUUUAAUUAGUGGCCAUCAGUUGAGUAUGUGAAUAAGCCACCUUGGCAAGAAUUACUCUAAAAUCUGGGAAGUUUGAAGUCAAGGUAGUAUUUGGAUUUUGAAGUUAUAUUGAGAAGAUAACAACGAAGAAGAUGUAAUGUAAAAAAUCUGUAGUGUGGAGAUUUUCAUUGUACUAAUUGUAUUGUUGAUUUAAUGGUUACUUUUAAACAUAUUUAGCAUGCACCUCUAAGCUAUUUAUUUAAUGAUGAAUUAAACAAUAAAGCAAUAAUUUGUUGCUCUAAGUGAGUAAAUAUAAUAAAGCGAAAUUGCUUAGCUAGAAAAUAUUAAUUUUGGUCCCUUUAUUACUAAAAUCAUUUUCGUAUAUUAUAAAUGUAUGUACUAUCAGUUUUAAAAUGUUUGUUAUACAUAUAGAAUGGAUAACAUUUAAUUUGUGAUGAUGACAUAUAAGUUAACAUUUAAUAUUUAACAUAAACACAGGUAUUAUCCUUUGUUGGACUUCUUUUCUCAAUAUAAUUUCAUAUUUACUCAGAUUUAGAAAUAAAAAUAUUUUUGUAUGCAAUUUUCCCUAUAAUGCAUUGUAGCAGAUCUGUAAUAUGAAAUUUAAAUUUGAAGCAGUUUGGAUUUAUCAUGUUUCUAUUACAAGUAAAGUAAAAAUAUUUUGGUUUAGUUUAGGACUACGUACAAAAUGCCAAUCAUCAUGCCAACAAUUCCUUUUCUUUUUUCCAUUCGUGCAGUUUUUACUUUAGGUUAGGAUGACAAAUGGAAGAGAAAUCAAAUGCUCAAAAUAGCAAUUAUAUUUAAGUAGCUUCUUUUACAUCAUCAGGACUUGAUCGUAAGAUUAAGUGGAUAAAUGAGUUAGUUAAAUUUUGUUUUGAUCUAUGAGAUGUACUCGUAUAAGCAAAUUUUACCAUUAUCUGUGCCAAUCUUUAUAUUUGUUAUACUGUACUGUAGAUCUUGUAGGAAGAAGAGGAAAAGACAGUAUUAUAUUAGUGAUGUAAAUACAUGUGCUGUUUGAAGCUUUCCCGAACCCCGAACGUGUGCAAGUGCCUUGCGGGUACUUUUGAUGCCAACAUCUCAAGGGAAAGUAUUCAUUAAAUAACAAUGGAAAGCAAUAGAAAAAUUUAUAAAAAUGCCAAAUCGGUAUUUAGUAUAGUUAUCAUUUUGCUAAUAAUUAAAAUUAAGACUUAGGAUACAUUUGUCAAUGUUUGUAUUUAUAAAUGAAACCGUUGUCUUAUUCUCUCGACUUAACAAUUUUUCAAUAACACUAUUCUUGUUGCUGCCAGAUUAUUUGCUCUGUGUUGUGAUAAUAUAAAUUUCUAUUAUGUGUGUUAAUACUGCACCGUUCCGGUGACAAUCCCUAGCGCGUGAGCACGUGUUUGAGCGCAUGUGAGCGAGUGUCCGAACGUGCGAGUGGCCCGAGCCGUAUCUGUUAGUCGUUAGCUCCCUCACCGUGUUGGCAAAUGUUUAUUGUUGACGUACUUCAGGUGCUAAAGUCACUUUAAAAUUAAUGUUAAGAACUAAUGGUAUUUGUUGUGUGCAUUCAUGUGUAAGUCUCACCAUCUCACGUUUAGUUGUUCCCUGUUUAUUUAGUUAUAUUCCGAAACAAUCAGUGACCCUCUCAACGUGCCUGGAACUCUGUGCCAAUAAGUGUGCUGCCACUCUCUGCAUACGUAAUGUUCUUGCCAGCGGCUUUUUGCAUUUCUUGUACACAUUAUUAUCUUCCGUUUGCUAGUUAGCUUCUGCGUUUCUUUAUGUGAUGCUCGAGAAACUUGCAAUACUUCCAAUUGAGCUUCCCUGGUUUUGUUAGGGAAAACAAAGCAAAUUAAUUGUGAUAAUUCUUGAUAUUAAAUUCAAAGUAGAAUAAGUUAUCGUUGUUACUAUUCAAAAAGUUUCACUUAAAUUAUAUUGGUAAAAAAUACAUGCCAACAUACAAGCCGUUGAUUUAAAAUUUUGGAAGAGUUAAUUUACAAUUAUGUAUUGCAAUGAAUAUAAAUUUCUUACCAUACAGCAAUAGCUCGGUUUUGUACAGAGCCGUAACAAUUUACUAUCACAGACAUUGCUAAUUUACUUUGGCAAUAUAAAUUAUAUUGUAAGAAUUUUAUGGAGUUCUUACAACACAUUAAAAUUUCUAUAACGAAAUUUGCAUUUCAAGUGAAAUAAUGGGUGAAAAAUAAUGUCAAUACAAGUAAACUUUACUGAAAUGGAUUAAAAUGGAUAAAUCUUUUAAAAUGUAAUUUUAAUAAUUAUGAUGAAUAUUUUAACUAACAACCAAAAACUUUGCCAAUAUUUUGACAGUGAAAGUUGGCAAAUUACACAAUUAACCUGUUAUUGUUACAUGUUGAUCGAUUAAAUCAAAACCUUCUUUUAAAUUCUAAAAUAUUAUUUGGAUUUGGAUUUUACGAUGUUUAUUGAAAUUGCUUAAGAAGUGUAAAAUGUACUUCUAGCGUAACGAAUAUGACCAAUGUAUUUGAAAGUGAUCUUCAGCAUUGAUAGAAACACUUAGUAUUUAAUUUUGAGUAAAUGCUACUUACUUUGACAUUUUACUGUGAAUCUUAUUUGGUCAUAUAAUUUCAGUUAAACAUCUAGUUAACUCACAUCAGUAAGGCGGAAGUAUGUAAAGAUUUUAAUUCUGUUGGUAAUUCUUUGAUGCUGUGUGAACUAGAAAACUUAAACAAUAUUCAUAUGUAUCUUUUUUUUUAUAUGAAACAACAUUUUUCUAUCUUUAAUCUAAAAUGAGUAUUUCUAGUGUUAUUAUACAUAAUCCACAUGACCAAUGUCAGGUUAAAUGUGAAGCAAUUUUUUAAAAUCUGCAAAGAAAGUCAAUCUCAACUUGAUAGCAAGUAUCUGUUCGGUUAAUAAGGUGAUUAUUUUCCACAUGUAUAUGUUAAACGGUUGCAAAUCAAUUAACUAUGAACAAUAUAAAUAAUGAAAUAAAUAUUGGUUACCACUGUUUGCAGUAUUUGAGCCAAUUUUUUUUCAGUUAAUUUGACACAUCUUUUGGUAGUCUUUUGGCAUGUCUUUAACCUACGCACUUCUUUUUGUAAAUAACAUUUACAAUACUGAGUAUUUACUGUACAGAUAAAAAUUGUUUUUUUAUCCACUAGAAUUUUUUGUCUCCCUUGAAAGGUUGUGCUCAAUAUCUGGUGCUGGAUUAGAAAUAUAACAUGUUCACAGUUGACGUUAUCAUUUCAUUAAUUAUAUAUAGUUUGUGAAUAUUUGUUUCUCUUUUACAACUCUAAUAUGAAAAACAAUUAAUGUAAUACUAGGAAUAUCCAUUGCAAAAAGCUGCCUGGCACAAAUAUAAAUAAAAUUUAAUAACAUAAACAACGCAAAGUAGUAGAUUUACAAGGCCUAAACCGUAAGAAAGAUUUGCGCCUUGAUAUCUAUAAGGAAACUGUUAUUUAUUUAUAAUGUUGAUGUUUUCACUUUUACAAAUCAUUCUUCAUAUUUUAAUCAUAAUUUGCUUGUAAUCCGUUGUUUGGUAAUGAUAAGAAGUGCCAAUUGUCUACCUCUCUCUCUCUGUUGUAUUUCUCCAUGUUACCUACUGACCGUAUCAUUGUUGGAUCGUUUUGUUUUUGUUUUCAGGAUAAGAUGAAUGUGGGUCGGUCUAAUCUACAACCUGUGCUUUUACCAUGCUUUUGUUACCAACGUUAAUAAUUAAUUAAUUGUUGUUUUACUUAUAGAUGUUUUUCGUGUUGCAUAAGAAAGCUUGUUGUCAAAAUAUUGUUGAGUGGAAUAUUGUUCAACGUAUAUCGAAUAUAUGUGUAAUUAGUUUAUGAUUCCACUUAUAAUGAUAAGUGUUAUUGAGUGGGCACCUCUCACUUGGAGACAAUUUCAUUUAAUUCUUUCAUUCAGUUGUAAUACUUUAAUUUAUUAAAUGUAGAAAUUAUUUUGUUAGUAUUGUUUUCAACGUGAAAUAAACUUGGCCUACUGUAGCGGAAUUAUGCUUUUGCUUGUGUUUUAUAAAUUAUGUUGUUGAUUUUUGGUUUAGAAUGAAAUAAAAUGUGAAGUGUCAUUUUAUGGCAUAUAUAAAUAAUUCAUGCACAAAAUAACAAAAAGCGCAAAGACAAAGAGAGGACACUAUGCUAAAUAGUAAACUAAGAAUAAUAUUUAGUAUAAUCUAACGAAUAUUGGCUGCCCCAAAUGUUUUCAUUCAAUAAUACUUCAGUUCCAAACUUCCUUUUAUAUUACUCUAUGAGUCUGUGAAAGUUUUCCUCCUCAACUGUUUGUUAUACGUAGAGUUUAGGUAGUAUAUAGCCUGUAAGAUUUUAAGAAAUAUAGUCAGCUAGCUUAUGACUUGAAGAGACAUCCUAUGACAAUUUUUCUGCAGAUCUCACACAGACAUGACAAAACUUAGGUUGAUAGGCAUGUUUGUAAGGAAUGUUCAACAGUUAUCUAAAUCCGUCCGGGAGUAUAAAACUGGGAAUACAGUAUGACAAAAUUUUUUGAAGUGGUUUUAACGAAACCAUGAAUUGAAUCAAUGAGCUGUAUUAUAACAGUAGCGUAAUUAAGGAAAAUAAUAAUUUGUUGUAUACAUGUAAAACAUUUGUUGGUUGACACAUCUUUCAAACAAAUUGUUGUUCAUUUACCACCACAUUUAUUGUUUGCGUUCAGUAAAAUAUUGUGAGGAAUUUAAAGAAAGGCUUCUAUAGUUUCCCUAAUACAAAUAUCAUCUUUAACUCAAUUUCUGUAUAUGGUAGAGAUAAUACCAACUACCUUAUCCUGUGUAGUACCUUCAGAUUUGAUCCUCAUUUUAAGUUAUACGGAUCUAUUGUAUGAAGAGCUUAUUAACAAAGAAAGCAAAACUAACCAACCAUGAAUAACCAAGACUCUUAAAAUGAGAUAAUGCGAUUAUACUUGACGCAAAAAUUUAAUCAAAUGGCAUCAUUAAUGUACUUAGGAGAUAAAUCUUGUAACUGACGUACAGUUGCUUUUCUUGUAACUCUUAAAAAAAGGUUUAUAUACUAUUUCAAAAGCAAACAUUUAAUGCUACAACACCAUUUCAUUAUGGUUUAAAUAGUACAUAAAACUACAUUGGAAUAAGUAUGUAGGCUAGCUGACUAUAAAGCCUUGUUUCCUCAGACACCAUUCCAGUCACGGUGCAUGAAUUGCACUUGGGUCGAUGUUGCUAUAACAUUUCAGACAGGGUGAGGAACAGUUUUGAAGGCUGUUGUCAGUUCAUAAUACUUAAAUGAAACCAUUCUAUGAAUGAAGAAGCUGUGCAACCAAACAGCACCUAGUAGACAGAAGCCGAUUUCUAAUUGUUGGCACAGAGAUUGCUGUACAAAGUUCUCACUUGCAGAUGGACAUGUUACAAUAAAAACAUUUGCCAUCUUAGGAAGCAGUCUUCAAUACUCUCUCUUGUCUUCAACAUGUAAUACCAUGCUAACAUCAUCCCAGGUACUUGAUUCCCCAACGCCCUUCAAGUAACUUUGUGUGUCUAUGGAAACAAGGUUUCUGGUUGUCGAAAAACACAAGAUUAUAUAUUAGGUUAAAGUUUCUCUUCUCACUGUGAACCCUGGCUCAACGCAAAGCAAUACCCUCUCUUGUGGUUGUGAUCUGAUAUCAAAGUAGCCCAUAGGAUUUCAUAAAUUUGAGGGACAUUUGUACUCUUCUACUUCUACGCUCUUUGGUACAUAACCUCUCUACUUCUCUUCCAUCACUUUCCGAGAAAAUACAGAAAUCAACAGCGAGAAGUAUAUAAAUACUCAAAUUUUACAUAUGAUAUUUUUAUAUUCAUGCUUUAUUGUGAAUGGAAGUGAUUUUUUAAAUCCGUUUCACUUUGAAUUAUUAUUAUUGGAUUUGUGAAAGUAGUAAACUAACUCGGGUGUUAUGAUGAUUUAAACAACUCAGUGCCAAUAUAAUUUGUUAUAUUUUUUGAAUAAAAAAAUUUGUAUUAACAAACAAUAUUUUAAAAUAGGAAAUAAAAUUUAAGUUUCAUUAAAUUGAGAAUAUUAGCUUUUGUAUGUAACUGGUACUGUUUCAUAGGUAUAGUUUGCAACAGAUAUAUUAACUAAAUUAAUGUACCUAAUAAAUAACAUAAAGAAUUUUUUAUUUUAAAAUAAAUGCAUGAGGUAAAGUAUUUUCUUUACUCUAUCUAAGUCAGUAUAGCUGUUUUUGUUGUUGUUUUUAAAGUGAUAACUAUGUACAUUUUUAAAGACUUAAUGUAAAAAUUGUAAAUUUAAGUAAAUCUUAAUAUUACAAUAACAUCUUAUUGUUAUGCAGAUGUUAUUGCUCAAUACAGUCUCUUAUGGAAAAAUAUCCAUAGCAUAGUGUCGCAAACCGGAAAUCAUUAAGAACAAAUUUGCUAAAGUGAAUGGUACAAUAAGCAUUUUAUAAAUGUGUGCAAUGAUUUUUUAUUUAAAUUGUUACUAGUAAAUUUAAUAAAAUGUUCACUCACAAGGUACAAAAACAUUAAAGUGGAAAUUUGAAUACUUUCUGCUUUACUUUUAUAAAUCUAGAGAUAAAUUAAUUGAAGAUAUUUACAUUCCAUCUUAUCCAUGAUUAUUUUAGUGAUGUUUUCAUUAAGAAGUUAGAUUUGUGUGAUUAUUAGAGAAUCAAAUGAAUGGUUUAUUCAUAUAGACAAUAGAUGGAGUAUGAUUUGUAAUUACAAAACAGGAACUAUAAAACUUGGACAAAUCAGUAAAACGUUGGAAAUUUCAAUCAUUAGAGAUAGAAAGAGAGAGUUGACCUAUCACAUUGUUACAGUACAAGGAACAAAUAUAUUAAAGAAACUCAUGUUAUAAUAAGGAUAACAAUAACGUGUAAGUAUAUUAUUGUGGCAAUUUUCUCGUUAAAUGUAUUUUUAUCUUUGAAAUAUUUUAUUAAAAACCUUUUCCCUUAGAAAUGUUCACAAGGAAGAUGAUCAAGAAUGCGUGUAUGAUCCUUUGUUAAUAAAUACUGAAGAAAUAA